AUGGACCCCUUUUCGUCAACACGACACCGCUACAAGUCAAAGAGCUUUGAUUCUCCUUACGAACCACAAUACAAAUAUCAAAAGAGCUGGCUGCCCAUUUUGCGGGAACUCUACGCGGACGAAAUGGACACCCAUACGGACGCCAAACUUCUGUUUGAUGCCAUAAAACGGGGGAAAUACCGUCUGUCGAAAUUUAUACUGGACGCUUCCCCAAGUGAACUGGCCAACUCCACAGACAUAAAGGGCAAGAGUCCUCUCACUCUGUGUUGUCAGAUCAAGGAACAGUUACGGAGAAGUGAAAUGAGCCUCCUGCUCAUGGAGAAAGGAGCGGACGUAAACUUACAGGACGACUUCGGACGGACGGUGAUGAGUUAUGCAUGCGAAAUGAAAUGCAACGAUAUCGUGAAUAUGCUGAUCAGACAGAAUGAUAUUGACCCAGAUCUAGAAGACCUAAAAGGGAACACGCCACUAAUUUACAGCUCUAUAGUAGGAAACGAUAUUGCCACGGAAAUGUUAACCCGCAACUUCCGCCGCCUUGGAUUGGAGAUUGAUCAUGCCAACAAAAAUGGAUUCACAGCUCUCCUGACAGCCGCCAAACACGGCAAUAUCUCUUGUGCCAGAAUCCUUGCCCGACAAGGUCACGCUUCACUGCUUAUUAGGGACAAGGUACAUGGUUACUCUGUUCAGGAAUGGCUAAAGCUCGGUGGGUAUACUCUUGAAGACAUAGUAUCAGAAAAUAAAUCAAACAAAGUGAAAUCCAAAUAUGUCAGUAUCACUCGACUCUCAAUUCCAAAUAAUGUCUCGGAUAGUUACCAAUCUGAAGACGAUACCAGCGAUAACGAUGAUAACUUCGUUAUUCACGAGAGCGAGCGACACCAAAGAGAUGACCGCCAGACUAUCCACCGACAGUCCAGUUAUAGAGAAGAGAGGAACAACCGCCGAGACAACUUAGAUCGCAGAGGCAGUUACUGGGAGGACAGACGAAGCAAUCAUCGCGACGACAGACGAGGUAGCCCACGUGACGACAGACGAGGUAGUCCACGUGACGACAGACGAAGCAGUCAUCGUGAAGACAGACAAGGUAGCCAACGUGAAGACAGACGAGGUAGUCCACGUGACGACAGACGAGGUAGCCCACGUGACGACAGACGAGGUAGCCAAUGUGAAGACAGACGAGGUAGUCUACGGGACGAACGUUGGAACAGCCCUCGACAAGAGCGCCGGAACAGCCAGAGGGACGAUAGACGGUCAAGUUUUAGAGAUGAGCGACGUGAGAGUUUAAGAAGAAUGAGAAAGCAGAUGAGCACUGAAAGAGAAAGAAAGGAAAGAUUGAGUCGAGAGAUCGCCGAGCUGAUCGAGUCUAACGAGUACUCCGGACAGAGCACGUUGAUAAUCGACCCUAACAUGCCUGUGGCUCCAAAUUCUAUGUUGAGAAGGAAAAGCUUAAAAAGUGCGAUCGAUCCGACUGUUUUGAAGAACGUCAUCGUUUUGCCUCCCAUAAACAAGCUUCAAGUCGAUGAUUCUGACCCUAGCGACACGGAUGCAAACAACACGGACUACGAACAGGUCGACAAUGUAAAACGUAACAAUUUCAUCUGCGCGAAAACCAACCUUGUUCCAAAAGGAGCCGAUGACGACGACGACAAUAACACUACUAAAGAAGAACGAGUGCCAAUUUUCUGAGAGAAACUUUCAGAGAAUAUUAUCAUAAUCUUGUCGAGUAAACACAAACGAUAAGUAGUAUUAUUAAAAAAAGACAACUCGAUACCAAAAUAUAAGUACAUGCAAUUGAAUUUUGCUUAAAAUAUAUACAGAUCGUUCCCUCCAGCAGUGUUGCCCGGUCUCAAGCGCUUGAACUUCCUCCGCAACAGAGACAGGUUCUUACAAACCUAUACAAUAACAAAUUGAACUGGAAUUCCAUGGUAAACGACAGGUGGUCUAAAUAGCAUGAUAGGGCAAAGGUAGGUAGGAUCAGAACCCUUAAUUCGGGACCCGCGAAAAUUCGUGAUACACAAAUUGAUUUGACGUGAAGAAGCCAUUUCUCAAUAAGAUUAAUUACAGUUAUGUUUUAACCGGAACUUGGGCAGCUAGAAUUUCUGGACCAGAUGCCCGCUUCAUUUUUAAUCGGAUAUCAAAAAUUGGUAGAGAAAACUCGCUCGACUCAACAGGAAACAGUUAGUUAAUAGUUAUAUAUUAUCUCUAGGUAUUACACUGGUUAAAAGGUAGAUAUCAAGCUUUUAUACACAGGUAACAGGUAUAUAUGAUAUCUUGUCGUUAUACACAAUAAACAUGUAUAUAUAUAUAAUAUCCCUGACCGUUAUACACUGUUAACAGGUAGAUAUUAUCUCUGAUCGGUAUACACAAUGGACAGGUAUAUAUUGUCUCUGAUCGGUAUACACAAUGGACAGGUAUAUAUUGUCUCUGGCCGUUAUUAAAGCAUUUAACAUCACUUCAUGUUUAAAUAUGGUUACAUUACACGGAACAGGAUUGCAUACAGAUUUUAUCACGCGCGUUAUUCAAUUUGUCUGCAAUCCUGUUCCGUGUUAUAGGACCAUCACACGGAACAGAAUGCUGUUUAAUGCUUAUAUUUACAUUUUUCAUAUUUUUAAUAUUCGUAUUUUCGUUUGCAAGUAACUUUUUCAAUUCAAACUUUUCGAUGUCCGGACAAUAAGUAGACCAGCCGACGGAACUGCUCAUGGAAUUUUGUCUCGUGACUUUCCUGGCAAAACAAAUGUAGUGCGUGAAAAAAUUCAUAAAGACAUGGAGAGCUCAAUAUCAUUUCUAAAAUUGUUAUCAAUCAAUAUUUGGUAUUCAUAUCGUAUGCUAUUUUCUGUCAUAUGAUAAGAAAUAUUUGGCCACGCUUACUUUUCUUUGAAGACGUUACUUGUCGCGAUGGGGACUACCGAGUCUGUAGUUAGUUGUAUGGAAGGGACUACCGAGUCUGUAGUUAGUUGUACGGAGGGGACUAUCGAGUCUAUAGUUAGUUGUACGGAGGGGACUACCGAGUCUGUAGUUAGUUGUACGGAGGGGACUACCGAGUCUGUAGAUAGUUAGUUGUACGGAGGGGACUACCGGGUCUGUAGAUAGUUGUACGGAGGGGACUACCGAGUCUAUAGUUAGUUGUGCGGAGGGGACUAUCGAGUCUGUAGUUAGUUGUACGGAGGGGACUAUCGAGUCUGUAGUUAGUUUUACGGAGGGGACUACCGAGUCUGUAGUUAGUUGUACGGAGGGGACUACCGAGUCUGUAGUUAGUUGUGCGGAGGGGACUAUCGAGUCUGUAGUUAGUUGUACGGAGGGGACUAUCGAGUCUGUAGUUAGUUGUACGGAGGGGACUACCGAGUCUGUAGUUAGUUGUACGGAGGGGACUACCGAGUCUGUAGUUAGUUGUGCGGAGGGGACUAUCGAGUCUGUAGUUAGUUGUACGGAGGGGACUAUCGAGUCUGUAGUUAGUUGUACGGAGGGGACUACCGAGUCUGUAGUUAGUUGUACGGAGGGGACUACCGAGUCUGUAGUUAGUUGUACGGAGGGGACUACCGGGUCUGUAGAUAGUUGUACGGAGGGGACUACCGAGUCUGUAAAUAGUUGUACGGAGGGGACUACCGAGUCUGUAGAUAGAUAGUUGUACGGAGGGGACUAUCGAGUCUGUAGUUAGUUGUACGGAGGGGACUAUCGAGUCUGUAGAUAGUUGUACGGAGGGGACUACCGAGUCUGUAAAUAGUUGUACGGAGGGGACUACCGAGUCUGUAGAUAGAUAGUUGUACGGAGGGGACUACCGAGUCGUCUGUAGAUAGUUGUACGGAGGGGACUAUCGAGUCUGUAGUUAGUUGUACGGAGGGGACUACCGAGUCUGUAGUUAGUUGUACGGAGGGGACUACCGAGUCUGUAGUUAGUUGUACGGAGGGGACUACCGGGUCUGUAGAUAGUUGUACGGAGGGGACUACCGAGUCUGUAAAUAGUUGUACGGAGGGGACUACCGAGUCUGUAGAUAGAUAGUUGUACGGAGGGGACUACCGAGUCUGUAGAUAGUUAGUUGUACGGAGGGGACUACCGAGUCGUCUGUAGUUAGUUGUACGGAGGGGACUACCGAGUCUGUAGUUAGUUGUACGGAGGGGACUACCGAGUCUGUAGUUAGUUGUACGGAGGGGACUACCGAGUCUGUAGUUAGUUGUACGGAGGGGACUACCGAGUCUGUAGUUAGUUGUACGGAGGGGACUACCGAGUCGUCUGUAGUUAGUUGUACGGAGGGGACUACCGAGUCGUCUGUAGUUAGUUGUACGGAGGGGACUACCGAGUCGUCUGUAGUUAGUUGUACGGAGUGGACUACCGAGUCUGUAGUUAGUUGUACGGAGGGGACUACCGAGUGUGUAGUUGGUUGUACGGAGGGGACUACCGAGUCGUCUGUAGUUGGUUGUACGGAGGGGACUACCGAGUCUGUAGUUAGUUGUACGGAGGGGACUACCGAGUCUGUAGUUAGUUGUACGGAGGGGACUACCGAGUCGUCUGUAGUUGGUUGUACGGAGGGGACUACCGAGUCUGUAGUUAGUUGUACGGAGGGGACUACCGAGUCUGUAGUUAGUUGUACGGAGGGGACUACCGAGUCUGUAGAUAGUUAGUUGUACGGAGGGGACUACCGAGUCGUCUGUAGUUGGCUGUACGGAGGGGACUACCGAGUCUGUAGUUAGUUGUACGGAGGGGACUACCGAGUCUGUAGUUAGUUGUACCCGAGGAAUCAGUUAAAACCGGCUACAGCUCAAACGUGGGAUAAGGGGGAAACUACAGAAUCCAGGUGUAAUGUUGUUUGUGGACACACUUGGCCUAUCAUCAGUGAACGGCGCGCUACCCAGACUACCAGCAAUGGCCGAUUGUGAUUUCGAGGGGAGGACAAAACGUUUCUAGGCCCACAACGCCCUGUCAUGGAUAAAAGUGUUGUACUGAACGAAUUGUUUGAUUGGUAGACAUGUUCCUUUUGUAUUAUCUUGUGGACACUUUUAGUAAUCGUUUUAGAUGUGGUUACGUCGAGAGCGAAAAAACGUCAGAAAGCAAGGCUAAUUACCAACAUGUAUUAUGUAUUGUACACACUUAAAAGGUAUAUAUCAUCCCUGGUCGAUAUCCACAUUUAAAAGGUAUAUAUUUUAUCUGGCCGUUAUACACAGUUAACAAGUAUAUAAUAUAUAUGGCCGUUAUACACAGUUAAUACGUAUAUUUUGUCUCUAGCUGUUAUACACAGUUAACAGGUAUAUAUUAUCUCUGGCCGUUAUACACAGUUAACAGGUAUAUAUUGUCCUGGACAAAGCGAUGUCUAUCUUAAACAUGUUCUUGAUUAUGUAGCUGUUAUAAAGGGAUAUGCCUUUUAUUGUUCAAUUUCAACUGUAACUUUUUAAUAUAAUAAUAUGCCUGCACAUUUCAACACCUGGAGUAUAUAAUUUGUAUUGUAUCUGUAUUCUAAACAAGCAUUCUUAACGAAUUGGCAUCAGUUAUAAUCUAUAAUAAAAUCACUGCUCUGGAAGGAAA